AUGAGAUCCGAUGUACCGAAGGUAUGAUUGCAAAACGUCCCUUGAAAAAGCCUCAGAAAAGCUUGUUCAUUUGCGUGUGACAAAGUGUGGGUUUGUUUUGUUUCGCUAAAUUAUGUAAAGAGAACAUGUCGUUUUUUGUUUGAUUCGGAGGACACCGACGUUCUUGUGAGCUUGAUGGGAGGCUUAGAGUAGGCACUGUACAUGCUUGUGGUGCAAUGGGAUGUUAACAAACGCGUUUGGUUUUUUUCUUGUGCUACAUGCAGAUCGCUCUUGUAAUCACCGAUGGCAAACAAACAACCACCAGGGGAUUUACACCAUUGGACGAAGCAUCCAAAGACAUGAAAGACAAAGGAGUUGUGGUGUGCUCUUUAGGUGUGGGGAGUGGCGUCAACUCUGAACAACUACGGCAGAUUGCUAGUUCUGAUGACAACGUGUUUACGUCUACUGGCUUUGAGGAACUCACUGAUGUAGUGAAGCCUAUUGUAGAGAAAUCUUGUUCGAUCAAA